GUGGUCCAAACAGUGAAUUUAUCUAGGCGCAGUUUGCUGAACAUAGGCAUGCUACGCCUUCGCCCAAAGAAGUUGCCUAUCCUUGGACAUCCUUCGCGCCCUUCUACGUCUCUUACAUUUAGUCGCCGUAGUCUUUUCACCAAAUCUACGGGUCCCACCCAGUCGCCUCUUCGUACUGCACUUUACACUACAGUUUUCGCUCUCUCGACUGGCUUGUUUGCCGUUUACUAUUUUGAUGCGCGUUCGGCAUUGCACAGAUAUGUGCUGACACCAGUAUUAAGAUAUGCUCUUGAUGCUGAGACAGGUCAUAAGGUCGCCGUCAAGGUAUUGAGAAGCGGGUUGGGCCCACGUGACCCCAUUAGAGAUGAGGACAGGCUCAGAGCAGAGAUAUGGGGACAAGAAAUAUCGAAUCCAAUUGGAUUAGCUGCUGGAUUCGACAAAGAUGCAGAGGCUGUGGACGGUCUGCUCGAUCUUGGAUUUAGCUGGGUUGAGAUUGGGAGCGUUACACCAAAGCCUCAGCCAGGAAACCCCCGUCCACGUGUUUUCCACCUUCCUAACGACGCUGCUCUGAUUAAUCGUUACGGAUUCCCAUCGCAAGGCGCGGCGUCCGUGCUGGCUCGUCUACGUGCGCGUAUACCCACGUUUUAUGAACCAGACGCAACUUCAACCGCUGCACUCCGCCCUGGUGCCGUUCUCGCUGUUAACCUCGGUAAAAACAAGACAUCUGCAGCUGAAUCAGUGGACGACUUUGUUACCGGUGUAAAAACUUUUGGCUCCUAUUCUGACGUGCUGGUCGUUAACGUCUCAAGUCCAAAUACGCCUGGUCUACGUGGCCUACAAAAUCGAGAUUUACUAGAGUCUUUACUAUCCGAAGCUGCAAAAGCGCGGGACGAGCUUCCACCGUCUCCCCUUACCUUGCGUCGGCCAAAGCUUGUGCUAAAGCUUGCCCCUGACCUUGAGGAAUCUCAGAUUAUUGACAUUGCAGAUGUUAUUCGCCAUAGCAAAAUAGACGGGGUGAUUGUCAGUAAUACAACAAUCCAGAGACCUUCCAGUCUUACGGACCCCAACAAGCUUGAAACAGGAGGCCUUUCUGGUGUUCCACUUAAACCUCACUCUCUACGUGCGCUCCGAACCCUGCGUACACACCUUCCUGCUAGCGUUCCGCUUAUAGGAUGCGGAGGCAUUUCCAGCGGUGCAGACGCGCUCGAAUUUGCGCAAGCGGGAGCUUCACUUGUCCAGGUAUAUACUGGUUUUGGCUACGAUGGUGCAGGUGCCUGCAGGCGUAUUAAAGACGAGCUUUCGAGAGCACUUGAAGCAGAGGGGAAGACAUGGGGCGAAGUGGUGAAUCAGGCCGUGGAGGAUCUGAGUUUAAAGGAACCUAAACCAGUCAUGCAAGUAGAAAGAGGGGAGGCCUCGAUCAAGAAUUUGAUUCAAGAAGCGGAGGAACUGAAGUCGGUUUUAGACCGACUGGGAGAUAGAAUAGGGGCUGAGGAAGAUAAAUUAGGCUCUGAGAGCGGUCAGGCGAUGUUGACUGUUAUUUCAUGAUAGAUAACAGAGAAUCAUUCGGGACCCCGUUUAGCGUGGCGCGACUACCAGUACGCACGCUGAUUAUUUAUCAUAGUUCAAGAUGAACAAGCUUAACUUCCUACCCAAAUGGAUACAAUCACACCUCAAA